AUGAACUUGAAUAUAAUAGUGAUAUUUGUUGUAAUUGAAGCAUGUUUCGGCGACCACCAUGACGGAACGAAUCAGUUACCUGAUCGAUCGACCAUCGUUCAUUUAUUUGAGUGGAAAUGGAAUGAUAUUGCUGACGAAUGUGAGAGAUUUCUCGCACCAAAGGGUUACGGUGGAGUUCAGAUUUCCCCGCCGUCUGAGAAUGUGAUUGUUCAUUUGAACAAUGGAAAAAGGACAUGGUACGAACGAUAUCAAGUAAUGUCUUAUAUGUUGAAAACCCGUUCUGGAGAUGGAGAUGACUUUUUGAAUAUGACGAGAAGGUGUAACAAAGUUGGUGUAAGAAUUUAUGCCGACGUUGUCGUCAACCAUAUGACAGGUGAUCAUAACGGCAACAGGGGAACUGGUGGCAGUACAGCUGACUUCGUAAAUUAUUUUUAUCCAGCGGUGCCUUACACUCGGGAACAUUUUCACUAUCCGUUCUGCGCUAUUGAGAACUAUAACAAUGCUACACAGGUAAGAUCGUGCGAAUUAGUUGGUUUAAAAGACUUGAAUCAUAGUCACCCUUACGUAGUUAAUAAGAUAGCCGACUAUUUGAACGAACUAAUUUCCUUAGGUGUUGCAGGCUUCAGGUAA